GUGUGAUAUCAUUUGCGAUGCAAAGUCUUGCCGCUUACUGGUGGCAGACAUUAGUUCCAAAAAUAUGUUAUUUUUUGUAAGCCUCAACUAAAGACCCGGAACAAAAAAUGAACUGGGCCUCAUUUUAUGCUGUCAUCAGCGGCGUCAACAGACACGCCACAGGAAUCGGCCGCAUCUGGCUCUCAGUGCUUUUCAUUUUCCGCAUCCUGGUGCUGGUGGUGGCAGCAGAGAGUGUGUGGGGGGACGAGAAGUCGGGCUUCACCUGCAACACCCAGCAGCCGGGCUGCAACAGCGUCUGCUACGACCACUUCUUCCCCAUCUCCCACAUCCGCCUGUGGGCCCUGCAGCUCAUCCUGGUCUCCACGCCCGCCCUUCUGGUCGCCAUGCACGUGGCCCAUCGUCGCCAUGUGGACAAGAGGCUCUACACGUUGUCAGGGAAGAGCAACCCCAAAGACCUGGAGCAGAUUAAGACCCAGAAGAUGAGAAUCACGGGCGCCCUCUGGUGGACGUAUGUCAUCAGCCUGCUGUUCAGGGUCACAUUUGAGGUGACCUUCAUGUACAUCUUCUACAUGAUCUACCCCGGCUACAAGAUGAUCCGCCUGGUCAAAUGUGACUCGUACCCCUGUCCCAACACAGUGGACUGCUUUGUUUCCAGGCCGACGGAGAAAACCGUCUUCACCGUGUUCAUGCUGGCUGUGUCGGGCGUUUGUAUCCUGCUCAACAUCGCAGAAGUCGUCUUUCUGCUAGGAAAGGCUUGCAGUAAGCAGUGGAACAAAGCUGGAGACUCAAAUAUGGGGGCUUGGCUGCAACAUAAACUCAUACUGGGGAAAUAAGGCCAACUGAAACUGUCAGAUGCAGACCACACUCACCUACUACAAGUUUUGAUUUACAGUACACUAUUAUAUGAACGUGCAAGACCAUAUGUACUGUACAUGUUGAAGCAUGCAUACUAACACACUCACUGGUCGCAAUAUUAGGCACACUUACACAUUCUAAUGACUCGUUUCUAUGCAAGCCUGUUUACACUACUGAAAAAAACAAUACCCGUAUCGUAACUCAUGAUUAUAAGGUAAAAAGUCGAAAUUAUGAGAUAAGAAAAUUGAAAUGAUGAAAUAAAAAGUUGAAAAUAUGAGACAAAAAAGUCCAAAUUAUAGGAUAAAUAGUCAUUACCAUGAAGUAGAAAGUCAUAAAUAUCAGAUAGAAAGAUGAAAUUCUGAGAGAAAAUGUUGAAAUUCUGAGAUAAGAAAGUCGAAAUGAUGAGAUAAAAAGUCGAAAUGAGAUAAAAAGUCAAAAUAAGGAGAUAAAGUCGUAAUUAUGUGAUUGAAAAGUCAAAAUUAUGAGAUAAAAAGUCAUAAAUGCUCAGUGGACGCAUUUAAGUCCCAUUUUGAUUGAUUGAUUGAGACUUUUAUUAAUAGGUUGCACAGUGAAGUACAUAUUCCGUACAAUUGACCAAUAAAUGUAUAAUAAAAAAUAAAAGUUUUUCAACUUGUUUAAGUCGGGGUCCACUUAAAUUGAUUCAUGAUACAGAUAUAUACGAUCAUAUAUACUAUCAUCAUAAUACAGUCAUCACAUAAGAUAAUCAUCAGGGUGUAUACAUUGAAUUAUUUACAUUAUUUACAAUUCGGGUGUGUGUGUGUGUGGGGGGGGGGUUAGGUUUGGUUGUUAUCAUCAGUCAUCAACAAUUGAGAACAGAGAAAUGGAUAUUGAAACAGUGUAGGUCUGACUUGGUAGGAUAUGUACAGCAAGUAGUGGACAUAGAGAGAGAGAGAGAGAGAGAGAGAGAGAGAGAGAGAGAGAGAGAGAGAGAGAGAGAGAGAGAGAGAGAGAGAGAGAGAUCAGAAGGCAUAAGAAAAAUAUCUGCAUUUGAUUGUUUACAUUUGAUUAUUAACAACAACCCGGUGAGGGUGUUAGUUUAGGGUCGAAGUUGCCUGGAGGUGUACUUUUAUUGCGGUUUUGAAGGAGGAUAGAGAUGCCCUUUCUUUUAUACCUGUUGGGAGCGCAUUCCACAUUGAUGUGGCAUAGAAAGAGAAUGAGUUAAGACCUUUGUUAGAUCGGAAUCUGGGUUUAACGUGGUUAGUAGAGCUCCCCCUGGUGUUGUGGUUAUGGCGAUUAAGGAAGUAGUUUGACAUGUACUUCGGUAUCAGGGAGGUGUAGCGAAUUUUAUAGACUAGGCUCAGUGCAAGUUGUUUUACUCUUACAUCUUAAAACUAGCUAUUAAAUAGACUCUAUUUUAGACCAGUUGACCUGCCGCUUCUCUUUUUUUGCCCCCCUCCACUGGAGAGGUUACCAGGUGGCCACUGAUAAUACCUGAAAACGUAUCCGUCUGGAGGGGGCAUAGGCUGGUUUAAGUUGUGACCUGGGGUGGACCACACAUCUAUGACAUGAAAGAAGACCUCCUGUGACCUUCUACUAGCCCCAAAUGAACUGGACUCACACAAUAUCAUGAACAAUUCAGUAACUGUACCCACUUGACAUCCAUUGCAGCCGGUCACCCGGGAGGGGGGGUCCCUACAUCUGCGACCCCUUUCCAAGGUUUCUUUUUUUUCUCAUUUUGGGCUCUUUGAGUUUUUCCUUUGGUUCAGAUCAGGUGUGGGUUCAGAUCAGGGGAUGUCCUUGUGGUUUGUGCAGCCCUUCGGGGCACUUGUGUUAAAGGGCUAUAUAAAUAAACUUUGAUUCAGUGAUUGAUAAUUAUGACAUUAAAAAGUCAUAAUUACAGGAUGAGAUGUCAAAAUUAUUGGGAAAAAAAUGUCAUAAUAAUGAGAUAAAAAGUUGAAAUUACAAGAUAAAACAUUAUAAUUAUAAGAUUAAAAAAUCAUAAUUAUAAUAAUUGAGUUAUAAUAUUAAACUUUGUAUCACUUAAUUAUUAGUUUAUCUCAUUAUUAUGACUCUUUAUCUAAUAAUUUCGACUUUUUAUCUGAUAAACCAGCAGGCACAACCUAGUGAUACAACAUUGAUUAUCCAAAACCCAAAACCAGUGAAGUUAGCAGCGUUUCUGGGUGUUGUUGAUAAAUGGCUUUCGCUUUGCAUUGGAGAGUUUUAACUUGCACUUCCAGAUGUAGCGACAAACUGUACUUACUGACAGUGGUUUUGUGAAGUGUUCCUGAGCCCAUGUGGUAAUAUCCUUUACACACUGAUGUCGCUUUUUGAUGCAGUACCACCUGAAGGAUCGAAGGUCCGUAAUAUCAUCGCUUACGUGCAGUAAUUUCUUCAGAUUCUCGAAACCUUUUGAUGAUAUUACGGACCGUAGAUGGUGAAAUCCCUAAAUGUCUUGUAAUACCUCGUUGAGAAAUGUUGUUCUUAAACUGUUUGACAAUUUGCUCAUGCAUUUGUUCACAAAAGUGGUGAACCUCGCCCCAUCCUUGUUUGUGAAUGACUGAGCAUUUCAUUGAAGCUGCUUUUAUACCCAAUCAUGGCACCCACCUGUUCCCAAUUAGCUUGUUCACCUGUGGGAUGUUCCAAAUAAGUGUUUGAUGAGCAUUCCUCAACUAUCUCAGUCUUUUUGUGACAGCGUUUUUGAAACAUGUUGCAGGCAUCAAAUUCCAAAUGAGCUAAUACUUACAAAAUAUAACAAAGUUUUCCAGUUCGAACAUUAAGUAUCUUGUCUUUGCAGUGUAUUCAAUUGAAUAUAGGUUGAAAAGGAUUUGCAAAUCAUUGCAUGUUGUUUUUAUUUAUGAUUUACACAACGUGCCAACUUCACUGGUUUUGGGUUUUGUACAUACAUGUCCUUUAAAACCGACUCUGAAACAAUGUUGAAAAAUUGUUGUAUUUGUAAAUUGAGACAACAUUGAUGUCCAACGUUGGAUCUAUGUUGUUGGUUGGGAAAUGACCAAAUUUCAAUGGUCAAAUCAACGUCAGAACCCAACAUUGAUUAAACGUCGUCAAAAAGCAUGUUGUUUCAACAUUAUGGUAGAGUUGCUCAACAUCAGAACCUAAUUCAACAAGUUCUCAACGUUGUUUUAACGUAUUGUGCCUGCUGGGAAUUAUGACCCGUUUAUCUCAUAAUUAUGACUUACAAUGGGAAUAUGUUUCUUUCAGUCGCAGCAACAGGCUUCUAUAAGUUUCAGUGUUAAAUCUGUACACAAAAUUAUACUUUCGUAAUUAUAAUAAAAAAAUAUUGAUUGACGCAAAUAAAAAAGUAAUAAUUUGACAACAUGCUUAUUACAGUUUUUACAAUUUUAUCACGCAUUUAUACAUUUCAUUUGCUGGGUUCUCAAUGGUGCCAAAAUACCUUAAUAUUUGAUCAAAUGGAAUAUUUGUCAUGUAAGCAAAAAUCCCCAAGUGACGUAAUUAAAGUCUUAUCUGUUAAAAAGAUGAACCUGAUCAGUCAAUUGAAGGGUUGGAAAACAUAAUUGAACACAGUUGGGGUAAAAGAAUAAUAUAUAUUUUGUUAUCUAAAUAUGUUUACACCACAUGUGCCAGAAGUAUAAUAAAUGUAUUCAACUUGUAUACAGUAAAGUAGACACUAAUAAUAAAUGUACAAUACACUCCUUUACUAUAUGUAACACAGUGCUCCAUUCACAUGGAUUGUGGUUAGAACCCUCCUUUGAGGUAUAAAUGAAGCACUACAUCUUUAAAUCAUAUAUUGAUAAAUGACUUUUUACCACUGACCAGAUGUUGUAAAACUUGUUAGUGCGAUGAAGAAUAAACCAUUGUUUACUUCAUUGGAUAUUUGGUGACAGACGGCACCUGUGAGUUUGCGUCUCUGACUGAUGAAGUUCCCCUUCUGCAGGCAGUAGAGCAGUUUUGGGUUAUCAUUAGCCUCACCACCUAGGGGGGUCAGGUUGACCUCGCCGACAGCUGGACCUGCAGGGGCACGUCUCUUUUUAUGGAACACAUUAACACGCAGAGUAUUGACAGCAAAAAAAAAAAAAAAAACGACAUCAUGUUGGCUUUUGGUUAGUUAUCAUAAAAAUGAUAUUUCACAGUCACCCGAGGCUGCGUGUGUAACGUUUGUUCCGUGAUGUGGUAUUAUUUUGAGAUUAUAUCUCUCUAUCAGCAAUUCAAAUUUUAAAGAGUGAAAAGGGAUUACGAUCAAGUCAUUUGUACAUUAAAUUUUUUUAACAUGGGCACGAUGCAGUUUUUACAUGUAAUGUUCAGACCGGGGUAUUAUUUGGAUUCCCUAUUAAAUUACUGAAAUGUUAUCCUGUACCUAAAAAGGUAUGGAUAUCGAAUUCGCCACUUUUACAGGCACCAACCAAAUUCUGUCAGUACUACCGGUAUAGAUGCGCAUAAAAUCAGACAAAGCCAUAUUUCCAUACCGGCACAAGCACUUGGCGGAUAGAAAAGCAGUCAAGCACUCAAUAUAACAAUUUCCUAUACCAAAAAGUAUAGUAAGGCUCCACUUUUAGCUUGAUGCUAAUUUACAUUGGAUUUUCCAUAGCCAUGCUAUCACUUAGCAUUAGUGAUUUUACAACACCUCCGAAUUUGUUAAUGAAAACCACAACAAGAUUACAAUCAAACAGGUUACAGUAUAAACACUUUGUAGAACUCAACAAAAGACAAGACUGGCACACUCAACUUAAUGGCAAAGACAACUUCCUGGAUAAGGCAACACAACGUAACCUACACACUACUGCCAUUUAAUAUCUUGUAUUAUAACUACAUGCGAAAUGUACUGUAUAAUAUGAGACACAGAAGUGUUAGAAAGCAAUAUACAACAAAGCACAGUUAUUAUCAUACGCUUAGUGUUAAAUGAUAAAUAAAUGCAUUAAAAAUUGGUACCAUUGAGUACUGGUAUCGAUUCCCAGGUAGCGAGAAUUGGUACCAUAUCGAUUCAAAUGUGAAAGGUACCCAUCCCUAUUUGUAUAUAGUAUGUAAUGGUCAUACCAUCCAUCUAUCUACUGCAGCGUUUCUCAAACUGUACAGUGGUAUGCCAAAUAAUCACCAAAUUAAAUAUUCAAACACGGCGUCACUGUUCAAACUGUGUGUAAUGCUGCAGUGGCCAAAAUAUAAAAUAUACUUGUUAAAUAAAACCUCUGCCUUGUUUUAGUGAAUACUUAGGCCUACUACGCUACUGUAUUUAAAUGUUUUCUGAGGUCACACUUGUCACGGCCCGGGCGCACCUCAGUGCGCAUGCAUCUGUGCGCUGC